CUUAAAUUCCAUUUCAGGAGAGACAUAUUAAAUACCCUGCUGAACACAACAGAAUAUGACCCAAGAAUUACACCUGAUUUUGAGAGAAAUGAGGCAACAAGAGUUCAUGUCCAGCUGUCGGUUAUAAGUAUCGACUCAAUUAAUGAAGUAUCGAUGGAUUACACACUCAACGCCAUUCUUCGACAAACUUGGAUAGAUCCGCGCCUAAAUUUUUCUCACCUCAGCAAUAUCAGCAUGUUGGAACUGGACCACAGGCGGAUGAGCGAUGUCUGGCUCCCCGAUACGUUUUUCAGAAACGAAAAAACAGCUACUUUACACGCAAUCACUGUCCCAAACAAACUUCUCCAUAUAACUAAUGAUGGCCGUGUCAGAUACAGCAUCAGAGUAUCCUUAACACUCUCUUGCACGAUGGAUCUGAGAUUUUUUCCUAUGGAUGACCAAAUUUGUUCUAUUUUAGCAGAAAGUUAUGGAUAUUCUAUUGAUAACGUGCAUUUAAUGUGGGAGCCGAAGAAUUCCUUCAUAAUUCAAACAACAGACGAUGAGUACUCUUUACCACAGUUUUAUCAGCACAAGCCAGUAGAAACUCUCAAGUACUCCAUCGUCAACCCAUCUAAUGUUGAGUUCUCUGGUCUUCAGGCUAAAUUAUAUCUCCGACGAAACCUGGGAUACUACAUGUCUCAAGUGUUUAUUCCCAGCAUUCUUAUCGUCACUCUCUCCUGGAUCUCGUUUUGGAUUCACGUGGAUGCUGUUCCCGCGAGAGUCUCGCUCGGGGUCAUUUGUGUGCUUACCAUGACAACGCAAAGUGCUGGUGUCCGGAAUUUUCUUCCACGCGUUUCCUACAUUAAGGCAAUUGAUGUCUGGAUGGCAUUUGGGCUCUUGUUUGUAUUUGCGGCGCUACUCGAAUACGCUUAUGUUAACGUUCAGACAAGAAAGCAUCACAAGCAAGUCAAGAAAAGCGAGAAGAAAGAUAAAAAUGGUGAAACCAACGAUAAAGAAAAUCGUCCUGAAUAUUUUAUGGAAAGGGCUCGUCGUGUGGACAGAAUUUCGCGAAUUGUUUUCCCUGUGUCUUAUAUAUUAUUUAACAUUGUUUUCUGGAGUGCCUAUCUAUCGAAAUGAACGGUCCUCUAUGAAGCAUUACAAUUAACCCAAUUUCAAAUUAAUGGAGAUAUAUUUUGCACGGUAGAUCUUUUAAUCCAUGAAUUACCUACCAAAGGUUCAUGGAUACUCCACUAAACAUAUGCAUGUACAUGUAACAUGUAUUCAAUCGUUAGUUUUAAUUCAAUAUUUUUUUACAUGCUUUCACUAAAUGAGCGCGAUUACAUGAAAACUAAUUUCGCUUCAAGUAAGUCCGAUCCUUAGCCAGGAAGGAUAACUCUUUAAUUGAUAACCUAAUACGAAAAGUCUCAAAAUGAAGCUUAAAAAUAAAAUCUUUUCAUGCAAUUAUUUUCAUUUUUACCUCUAAAUGUGAUUCAAGGUUCUUUGAAGAUCUCGGAAAGGUCUUCUUAAAUGUCGAAAUUUUUACCCCAUGAAUGUAUUCUAAAAUUUCAAACUUGAAGAAAUCGAAGUUUUUUUUAAACUAACGAUAGAUUCCAAUGUGUAUAAGCAUGAUAUGACAUUAGAAAUGAUUUGUGGUGCUUUGCAGUUAAAUGGAAAUCUAAAUACGCUGUACAUUAUAAAAUGAUCGAAGUGAAUAGAAGAAACUAAUUAAAAGUACCUUAUAUUUAUAAUAAUUAUACGCUUUCUGCAAAAACCUGAAUUAUUACCUAUGAAUUUUAUUUCUAAAAUGUGUUUGUUGAUAAGAUUUGAAUUUGAAAAUGCAUAGUAGGUGUUUUAUUCGUAUUUCUGGAAAAUUUAUUUGAGAUUUACUAAUUUUCCUUAUAUACAUUGUAAUAUAAUCAAGAUAAAGUUUCAAGAAUUGUCGUUGGUAAGAAAAAUAACAUUACGAGGGUUCGAAAAGUUCGUGGACUUCUGUCAUAUCUUUUUUAUUUCACGUCAUAUGUUUUCCAAAUUUGGUAUAUUACCAAUAAAUUCAAAUAAUUUGUAUAAUUUUUUUUAAAUAUCUCGAUUUAUUCAAAUUUCAUCCAGAUUUUAAAAAAGCUAAAAUCGGGUCACGGAGCAGGUCGAAAUUUAAUAAGUUACAAACAAUACACUAAAUAAUGUCUGUAGUUAUAUUCUCAGUAAAAUGGAGGAAAAACGAAAAACAACCUAGAAAAUCAAAUUAAGAACUGUUAUAUCGAUUCGUAUUUCAUAUUAUGGCUAAAUAUUUUGCUUCGUUGCAAAGAAAUCAACUUGAGAAGAUAGGUAGUCCUCAUUGAAAACGUCAAAACGAUGACGUUUUAGAACAUCACGAAGCAGCAGAUUGCGAUGCAGUUUUUUAUUUUACUCUUGAAAAAUCCUGAAUAAACUCUUAAAAUGUUGGAGGAAUGAUAUAAAUAUGUCACAAGCGAGUUGUGCAUGUGUGGACAAAUAGUACAGGCAGUAUUGGAGUGACAGUGACUCUGUAUCGGAUGACGACAGUCUGUGAAGAAAUUGUGUAACUGUAAAAAUCUGAACAAAAACUUUAAAAAUCUGGAACGUCAAGGAAAGACAUAGGCGCUCCAGAGCUGCUUAACAUAUGAAAGCAGAGUUAAGGAUAUAAAAUAAAUCAAAAUCUUAACAAAGGAAAAUUAACAUCGAGAACAAUUGUUAAAAGAUAUAUGUCAGUAUAUAAGAUAAGGGUUUCUAAUGAAUGGGUAUUGGAUAAUACUGUGUGAAAUGUGUAGUAAUAGUUUGGUUUUUUUUUAGAAAUUCUUGACGCUAUCUUUUGACGUUACAUUGCCGUUAAGUGUGCUCCGCGGGUACAAAACAUGUUGAUUUUAAAAUGAAUUAAAUUAAUUUUAUGUUAAAUCGAUUGGAAUGAAACUUCACACAUGAAACAAAACAAAUAUUAUUACAUAUUAUUUUGUGCUUGUUAUAAAUUUCAAUUAGUAAUAUAACGAAGAUUGACAUCGUCCAUGAACUUUUCGAACAACCCUAAGAGAAUUCAGAGACAUUUUUGUGAGCAUUUUCAUUUAGCUCAAUGCCUGAUUUUCAAAACAUGAGGAUCGGAGUACCUUAAAAAGGGCUAAUAUCUAUUUGAUGAACUUUGUGACCUUUUCGAUCGUCUUUUUUUUUAUCAAUAUAUUAUUUUUUUAUUUGAGUAUUUGUUCUAAAUAAAGAAUAAAUUGAUAAUGCUAUU